UAAUUACAGUUUCCUGUUCAGGGAAAACAUUUUUUGCAUUAUUUUCAUGACGCACUGUCAAAAAUGUGAAUAGAAUAUAAAUAACAUUUCCUUUUUAUUUUAAACGUGUACUAAUUUCCCCACGAUUGUGAUACUCCAAGUUGCCUCCAAAAUGCCGUUCAGACUCAAGUUAAAGAAAUCAAGACAUUACAGUGUGGCUUCAAAGUCACUUUUUGUCAUAUCAGUCGAAAUGUUAGAUGCGACAAAUGUGGAAUGCACACUAUCGUCAGAAAGUACAGGACAGGAUUGUUUGGAUGUUGUUUGCCAGAAAUUGGGGCUCAAUCAACCAAAAUUUUUUGGGCUUCAGUACGUAAGCAGGAAUUCGGAAAAUACGUUCUAUUGGGUCGAAUUGGAUAGGCCUAUCAAGAGACAACUUGACAAGUAUGCAGGGAAUUUGUAUGUUUAUCUCAGAGUCAUGUAUUAUAUAAUUUCGGGAGUACGGCUUUUGAAUGAUGAAGUUACAAGAUAUCAUUAUUUCCUUCAACUGAAAAUGGAUGUCAUUGAGGGUCGCAUUUCCUGUACCCCUCAACAAGCUGUAGAAUUGGCGAGUUAUUCUAUGCAAGCAGAGUUUGGUAAUUUUGAUUCAGAAAGACACACUGCGCUCUAUUUGAAAGACUUCCAGUUAUUUCCCAAGAGUUUCACAGAUCCUGGCCUUUUGGAAUCCCUCACAGAUGCGGCCAUAAGACAACACGCCGCUCUUCAUAAUCUUUCCCAAGGGACGGCGGAAGAAUAUUACAUUUGCGCUUGUCAACAACUGGAAGGUUAUGGUCAAGAAAUUUACGCCGUCAAAGACCGUUUAGGGGAUGACGCCAUAAUCAGCGUGUCUUUAACGGAGGUCUCCGUGGGGUACGCCGGGGAAAGGGAAGGGAGACGCUACGGUUGGACCGAUAUUAAAAACGUAAUAAACCAAAAACGUGACUUUACGAUUGAAACCACCGAUUGCGAAAAAGUCGAAUUUCAAUUUGCCGAUGUCGAAAGUGCAAAAAAUGCGUGGCGUUUUUGCGUUUUGCAACAUACUUUUUAUAGACAGUAUGAAAUGAAUACUGAUCAGAAUGAUAAAGGACCCCCCGCGCCGCCAGUUUUUCAUCAGGCUUUGAUUGAGGAAAAGCUGCGUCAAAUGGAUAGUUACGAAGACAUAACCGACCCGUCUCACCACUGGGACCGUUCCGUUUCGACACAAAGUCUCAAACAACGCGCCCAAUCGACCUCGUGUCUCGAUCUGAACAAAUCCACAAACAUUGAUCAUUUACGAAGCCUCCUGCCAUCAUACCGUCCAGCCCCCGAUUACGAAACCGCCAUACAAAACAAGUACAGAAAUUCAUCCGGUGCCAUUCCACCCCCUCGGGAACCCCUCCGCAACACCCACUCGAUUUUAUACAGUUCUCAACCGGAAAUCCACCAAGCGGAAACCUACUCGUCCCAUUUGCGAUACCCCGACGUCACACAUAACAACAUCGAAUCGAAAAAUUUGAUGACGCCGAUGUACAACACCGGUUUUACCCAAUCCCAAAUCCUCUCGAAUGAGAGUAAUUUUACGGAAAAUGUCGGAUUGUUACAUUUAUAUAAACCGCCGCCUCCAUAUCCUAGCAAUAGGAUUAGUUCGAAUUCGACUCCGGAUUUGGCAGGGAUGUCACUUCAAGCUAAGCCCACUGCUCAUUUCAUCAAUACUGUAGUUAGUGGUUCGAGUCCGGACUUAGUUUCCGGUGGCAAUAUCUAUUUGAAGCAUUAUGGUCAAGCUUUGUAUCCCGUUCAUAGGUCACAGAGUUACUUGCCACCCCAACAUGGCACUUAUGAAAACUUAUCGUCCAUUUUUAAUAAUAAUAUGUUAGGGCGCCCCCAGGCUGUCAUUGUCGAAAAUCCGAAUAUAACCAAACAUAUCAAGAAAGUCUACGACGAACACGGGAAUAUAAUUUAUUGCAUGCCUGCUAACAUGAAGCAGAUUCUACAAGAAAAUCGUUUGCCCACAUCUGGGUUCGUGGUCACUCGUAACCAAAAUACCAUGGUUGCCCACGACCCCACCGAACCCAUCUAUGAGAACAUCCCAUUACCAUGGCAGAACGAGUCCGGUGAAAUGCGAGGGCGGACCCAAAGUAUACACUCGGCUCCGGAAAUUGUAAACCAUACAGUAGUCAACGCUCUGCAAUCGCAAUUUCAACAAGUGAGCAUUGGAAGUAAAGAAACUCUCUACGCCAAUAUUCAUCGGAAUAAUUCGAGUGUCAAGUCGUCGAAAACCGAUUUAAAUACGGAAAAUGUGGGGGAGUUGAGCGAUUCGCCAGUUACGACAAGUUCAAAUAAUACGUUUAUAGUUAAUAAACAUCCGAUGAAUUCGACGACGAGUAGCUCAGGUUUGUUUAGUGACAGUGGAACGAACGAGUCGUUUGGCACGAGUUCGACGUCGAAUAGUUCAGGGAAGAAGAAGAAGAGGUGGGGGAUUUUGAUCGGGAGGAGUAAGUCGAGUGAGAAGGUGAAGAGUGCGACAUUGGGGAGGGAGAAGGAAAAGAAGGAGAAGAAUUUGGGGGGGAAUAAGCAUCGCUGGUCGACGGGGUUGCCCAGGUUUAAUCCCUUACCGCCGUCGAUCAGCAAGGAGACGAUGUGCCAACUCCUCGAGAGCAAAUUGGCUGACAGUCAGCUGUUUUUCGAAUUUGAUAAAAUACCGAAAAAGAAGCAAAACGCGGAUUUCACGACGGCCUGUCACCGCGAAAACGCCCAAUUCAACCGUUUCAAAGACGUCCUUCCGUACGAAGACAACAGAUUACGCCUCACACCAACCAAAAAUAACAAAUUUGGUUACAUAAACGCCUCUCACAUCACGGCGACAGUCGGCAGCAAACAGAGAUUUUAUAUUGCCGCCCAAGGACCGAAUCGUGUCACUUUACCGUAUUUUUGGCAAUGCGUGUGGGAAGCAGAGGUUUAUCUCAUUGUCCAAUUGACGGACAGCACUGAAGACUUGCACUACAUGCCCGACGAUGGGAAGAGGUGUAUCGAUAUUGGUCAAGAGUAUCAAGUCUGGUGGCAAUUCUCGCAACAUUCGGGCAAUUGUGUCACGAGUAAAGUGCGACUAUGUCACGUGACGUCUCGUAGAUACCGCACUUUGUGGCACAUGCACUACACGGAUUGGGGGGAUCAGGGGUGUCCCCAUUCAGUGCCCCAUUUUUUGGGUUUUCUUGAGGAAAUGCAGUCGGUGUAUCAGCACUCAAUGGGUGAAAUACCACCCGGGCAUAAUAAGAAUCCCCCAAUUUUGGUGCACUGUACUGCCGGCGUGGGCAGGACCGGACUGACAAUUUUAAGUGAUCUUUUAUUGUACACAGUUGAUCAUAAUCAGGAGGUUUGUAUACCAAGGGUCGUCGAGUUGUUGAGACAUCAAAGAGCCUACAUGAUACAAACGGUUCCCCAAUAUAGGUUUGUUUAUUCGCUGUUAAUACAUUAUUUGAAACAAACGCGUCUUAUUUAGCACUUUGUGUUUUUGCUGUGUUCAUUGUUUGUAGUGAUUAAGUUGCAAUUAAUAUCCCAAAAAAAUCUAAUCAUGACCCUUGAUUUGUUAUAGAAUUAUAGAAUUCGUGUUUUAACUCAAAUAGUAUUUAUUGAAGUCUGAUUAUUUGUAAUAUUUACCAUUUUAGAUUUUUUUAUUGAUGUAAUUCAAUCGAUUUAAAGAAUACGUAUUGUAUAAUCUCACUUGCUUUUCUCCAAUUAUCAAAUUAUAAUAAUGGCUGUGUAUAUAAUUAAAUAUUUUAACAUUUUUUGCGAGCAAUAAACAUAUUUAUUGUGACUGUCAACAGUGCCUUAAGCGUAUGUAAAUUUUGUUAUGUAUAUACAAUUUUAAAAUAAAAUA